CAUAAACGCUUUAUUAAACUUUAUGGAAUAACUCAAGACCCAGAAACGGAAAAUUACAUUAUGGUUUUAGAUUAUGCAGAAAAUGGAAGUUUGCGAAAUUAUUUAGACACAAAUUAUAGUAAAUUGAGUUGGAGUGAUAAGAUUAAUUAUUUACAUAGCAUUGCACAUGGACUUAAAGAUAUUCAUGAAAUAGAAUUAAUUCAUCGGGAUUUGCAUAUUGGUAAUAUAUUAAGGCUCAAAAAUCUCACUUGUAUAACUGAUAUGGGAUUAUGUAAACCUGCUGAUUGUAAUACAUCGGAAAAUGCAAAAAGCAAAAUAUAUGGUAUUUUACCUUAUAUUGCCCCUGAAAUUUUACGUGGACAAAAUUAUACAAAAGCUGCAGAUAUUUAUAGUUUUGGUAUAGUAAUGUAUGAAGUAAUUUCUGGAUUACCUCCGUAUUAUGAUGUAGGUCAUGAUAUAAAUUUAACAAUGAAAAUUUGUAAAGGACUUCGACCAAGAUUUAAUAUUAAAGUGCCUCAUUUGAUUGUGCAUUUAAUUAAAAGAUGCUUGGAUGCAAAUCAAUCAAAACGACCAAAUGCAGAAGAAAUUAAAAAAACUUUAAGUAAAUGGCUUAAAGAAUCAAGUGAUUUAUUAUAUAUUAGUAAUCUUAGUAAUUAUACAAGUAUUCAAAAACAAAUUAAGGAAAUAGAUGAAAGUUCAUCAAAUAGCAGUAUAACUUCGACAAAUUUAGGAAUAUCUUAUGUAACAAAUUCAGAAGCUGUUUAUGCCAGUAGAUUGCUUGAAUUUAGUAAUCUUCCUGAGCCAAAAAAUUCCGAUGAUUAUUAUGAAGUAAAUGAUAAUAUAAUUAGCAUGAAAUUUUCAGAAUCCUUACAAAUUGAUAUUUCUCAGCUGAAAAAUAGUAAUUCUUUUGAGCUAAAAAAUUCUGAUGAUAGUUAUGAAAAGAAUGAUAAUAUUAAUAUGAAACCUUCAGAAUCCUUACAAAUUGAUAUUUUAGUACAGUCUCCUGAACCAGAUAAUUCUGAUGAUUCUUAUGAAAAAAAUGAUAAUAUUAUUAGUAUGAAUUCUUCAGCAGAAUCACUACAAAUUGAUAUUUAUCAAUUGAACACUAGUAAAGAUGACCAGGAUAGAAAAUCUAAAGGCAAAGAAAAAAUUUAGACCAAUUAUAACCUUUUGCUAUUUUAGUUUAAAAUUUUAAUUAUUAUUAAUCUUCAGUGGAAAGGUAACAAAUUUAUACUUUAUUAUAGUUUAAAAACGGUCUUAUUUUUGCUUUUCAAUAAUUAGUAAAUUAC